AUGGGCGAUCACAACAACAGUGACAGAAAAUCAUCUCUAAUGGAGGCAAAGGCAGUGCACCCGCUCCAGCAGAUCGCCGGGAACCCGACCCACAAACUCCUCCUGAAGCAGUGGCUGAAGGAGGAAGAGCUGAUCCUCAACCGCCUCUCCCUCAAAGAAACCCAGAUCGACGCCACCCGCAAGGAGAUCACUCACCUCUAUUGCAUCUUCUUCCUCUUCCACUCCACCGCCCUCCUCCUGCUCUUCGCGGCGGCGGGCCAGGGCCAGCCCCACCUGUGCAGGAGGUCGUGGGUCCCAUCCCUCUGCUCCCUGCUCUGCUCCCUGGGGUUCAUAUGGGCGAUCCGCUACAAGACCGACGUGGAAUCGCAUUUGGAGAAGAUGCUGAGCCGGGAGAAGGAGGACUCCAAGCUGCUGGGUAAGUGCGUCGAGGAGUUGAAGAGGAAAGGCGUCGAGUUCGAUCUGCUGACGGAGGUGGACGCGCUGCGCCGGGCCAAGAGCUUGCGGGUCGAAUCCAAGCCCGUCAACAAAUGGUCGGCCCGGGAUUUCGUCACGCUGUUUUUCUUCACGCUCUCUUGUUGUGUGCUGGUGUUGAACAGACUCAUCUUGUGCGCUUAGAUUGCUAUUGGAAGCUGCACAACUCUCUGUUUUGCUCUUGCCUAUUAAAUUGUAGCUUUAAUUGAAUCAUUACUCAGAUUAUAAUGCAAAUCUCGCUUUUGUGUAA